AUGUUAAUGCCAAAGGAAGAUAGAGCUAAGAUCCACAGAUACUUGUUUCAAGAAGGUGUUGUUGUUGCCAAGAAGGACUUCAACCAACCAAAGCACGAAGAAAUUGACACCAAGAACUUAUAUGUCAUCAAGGCUUUACAAUCCUUAACCUCUAAAGGUUAUGUCAAGACUCAAUUCUCAUGGCAACACUACUACUACACCUUAACUGAAGCUGGUGUUGAAUACUUGAGAGAUUACUUACACUUACCAGAACACAUUGUUCCAGGUACUUACAUGCAAGACAGAUCACAACCACAAAGACAACAAAGAAGAUACUAA